UGCAGUGGCUAUACUCUCUCUCUCUCCAGAAGAUGGAAAAAAACAUAGCUUCUGAUGCUUCCAUGGCGCCAACGAAGAUAGAGAGGCCUCGAUGGAACAAAUACGCAUUUGCAUGCACCAUGUUAGCCUCCAUGGCCUCAAUUCUCUUGGGUCAUGAUUUUUCGGUAAUGAGUGGAGCUGCACUGUUCAUCAAGGAUGAUCUUAAGCUAAGCGAUACCAAGAUAGAAAUACUGAUGGGAAUUCUCAAUUUCUACUCUGUGGUCGGGUCCACCCUUGCCGGAAGAACAUCUGAUUGGAUUGGCCGGCGAUAUACACUCAUCUUUGCCGCCGUGAUCUUCUUUGUGGGCGCAUUGGUGAUGGGCCUUGCACCUAACUAUGCAGUCCUCAUGUUCGGAAGGUUUGUGGCUGGUGUGGGUGUGGGCUAUGCUUUGAUGAUUGCACCGGUCUACACUGCUGAGGUUGCACCCGCCUCAUGUCGAGGCUUCCUCACCUCCUUCCCGGAAGUCUUCAUCAAUGUAGGACUCUUGAUUGGAUACAUAUCAAAUUUUGCCUUUGCCAAGCUCCCAGAACACAUCAGUUGGAGAUUGAUGCUUGGGGCUGGAGCAGUGCCACCGAUCUUCUUAGCCGUUGGAGCUCUUGCCAUGCCAGAAUCACCACGAUGGUUGGUCAUGCAAGGCCGGCUUGGUGAAGCGAGACGGGUUCUGGCUAAGACCUCCGAUAGUGAGAAAGAGUCUGAGAUCCGACUCUCAGAGAUCAAGGAAGCAGCCGGAAUCCCAGAGCAUUGCACCGAUGACGUCGUCCAAGUGUCCAAGCGUAAUCACGGGGAAGGUGUGUGGAAGGAGCUGUUGAUUAGGCCAAAACCAUCCGUCCGUCGGAUCCUAAUCGCGGCAGUUGGGAUCCAUUUCUUACAACAAGCUUCCGGCAUCAAUAUCGUGGCCCUCUACAGCCCUAGAAUAUUUGAGAAGGCUGGAAUUAAGACAAGGAAUGGCCUUCUAGGAGCAACUGUAGCCGUUGGAUUUACCAAAACUAUCUUCAUCUUGGUUGCAACAUUCCUUCUGGACAAGAUCGGAAGGCGACCACUCCUACUGAGUAGUUUAAUUGGUAUGAUCAUUUCACUCUUAGGAUUAGGGUUUGGGUUGACAAUGAUCAAUCAAUAUCCUGAGAAGAAGCUCAUCUGGGCGAUCGGCCUCUCCAUUGCGACAGUCCUAUCUUUCGUGGCAUCCUUCUCAAUCGGGCUGGGCCCGCUUGCAUGGGUGUAUGGCCCAGAGAUCUUACCGCUGAAGCUGCGAGCUCAGGGCAUGAGCUUGGCGGUGGCGGCGAACUGUAUAAUGAGUGGGGUGACCACAAUGACAUUUCUAUCACUGUCCAAAGCCAUCACAAUAGGUAGGACCUUCUUCCUGUUUGCUGGAGUGGCGAUGUUGUCAUGGAUCUUCUUCUACACCUUCUUGCCGGAGACUCGAGGCAGAACCCUAGAAGAGAUGGAGAGCCUCUUUGUUAAGCCUAAGGACAAGAAGGAGCGAGACAAUCCCCAUGUUGAGUUAGGGAAUGGUAGAGGAACAAUCAACGGUCAUGAUCAGCCGUGAAGGACCCCAACCUUGUUAACUUGGCCCACUACUGUUAGUGGUAGUAAGUCCCGUAGACAAGAUACGACUACGAGAAAAGCACUUCGAACCAAAAAAAAAAAAAAAGUAACUGAGACUGGGUGAGAAUGCCCGAUCUAGUGCACUUACGUCUCAAGUGAAACAAAAAAAAAAUGAACACGUGUUUAAGAUCGGAGUCGCUCAUCAAGCUAUACCUACUUUACAAAUACCACCUCUAAAACUAUUCUAAGUUAAUCAGCAAGUGAAUUACACACGUACAUAUAAUCUGUACCGUUAUUCAGUAUUCUCUAAUGGAUUGUAUAUUUUGUGCA